UUAUCAAAUUAUUUGUAGUUAUUUUCGUUGGUAGAACUUUUAUCUCCUAUGAAUAUUUAUGGUUGCGUAUCUGUGAAUUCUUCAUGAAGGUCAGUUUUAUUUAUCUCUAACGAAGACUGGUUGGCUUCGUAACAACAAAAUAAUUUUGACCUCAGCGUCCAAACCAAGCAAUCGAUAAAGAUAUCUAACAUAUCUACAUAAAUUUGGUGAUAACUUAUUUAUAAGCCGAUCAAUUUUCCAUCAGUCUACGUAGUGUCGUCAACGAUGGAUCACGUCAAAGGAAAAGAUGACGGUGUCAAACUCCAUGAAGAAAUCUACGAUCAAUACGUGGAUAAAACGACAGGCCAAUCCAGUCCCAUUUGGAAGUUCACAUGGUCGAAUUCCAGCAAAGUUUGCGUUGAAGUCAUCACUUACGGGGCCACCAUAACAGCCAUCAAGGUACCAGACAAAAACGGCGUGGUCGAAGACGUUGUCAUGGGCUUCAAAGACCUGAAAGGCUACCAGAACCCUCUGAAUCCCUAUUUCGGGGCUACAGUCGGCAGGGUAGCCAACAGAAUCGGCCAGGCGAGGUUCACCAUCAACGGUACCACUUACGGGGUAUCGCCGAACCUGCCGCCCCAUCAGCUUCACGGUGGCUUCAAGGGUUUCGAUAAGGUGAACUGGGAACACGCCAAAGUGGGCAAGAAGGUGGUGAUGAGUUAUCUGUCCAGAGAUAAAGAAGAAGGUUUCCCUGGAGACGUGAUCACAAACGUCACCUUCCAACUGACGGACUCCAACGAAUUCCUGAUCGAUUUCAAGGCUUACACCACCAAACCAACCUACGUCAAUCUGACCAACCACUCAUACUUCAACCUGGCUGGACACAACAAGGGAGCUGCAGAAUUAUACAAACACGUCGUUUCUAUAAACGCCGAUCAAACGACAGCCGUUGACAAAGACUCUAUACCGACAGGGGCUCUGCUUCCAGUUGGGGGUACUGUGUUUGAUCUCAGAAUUCCGAGAAUACUGGGCACGGUUAUCCACAAAAUACCCGGAUACGACGGUUUCGAUCAUAAUUUCUGCGUCACGAAGGGGGAGCAGCAGGGGGAGAGUUUCGUGGCCAGGGUGCAUCAUCAGGGUACCGGGAGGGUGUUGGAGGUGUAUUCGAAUCAGCCGGGGGUGCAGUUUUACACUUCCAACGGCAUACCGGACGCUCCGAAGGAUUACAAAGGGGACGCGAAGGGGUUGAAGACUAUUGUCGGGAAGGAUGGGCCUUAUUAUAAGCACGGGGCGUUUUGUUUGGAAACGCAGAAUUAUCCUGAUGCCAUCAACCAUCCGGGUUUUCCAAAGGCUGUUCUUAAUCCAGGGGAAACUUAUCAUCAUACUCUAACCUAUAAGUUUUCCGUUGAUAAGUGAGUUUUUUGAGUCUUUUACUUGUACAUAUAUUUCAACAGUGGCAUCUUGGGGUCAAAAAAAUACACUUUUAUCCCUCAUAAUUUCUUUCGAUUCGGACUAGGUGAAAAUAUAUAGCCAUUUCACGUUUUCAUAGUGAGCUAUGACAUUUCUUGAUCUUUGAAACAGAGCUACAUUCAGCCACAGAUACAUUUUUCUCUUUGGAAUAUCAAAUUACUCUAAAACGGCGUAUUAUGUAUUUUUAUGUAUAGUGAAAAUGAUAAAGAAACUGGAAGAUGUGCGUGGAAAUUUGGAAGAUUCAUCACAUCAAUGAAAAACUGUUUUCCGAAAAUCAUCCCAUUUGAUAAAACCGUUUGUGAGAUAUGGAUUUUCAAUUGAGCCGAAUUGGAAUAAAUGACAAAAAGAAAAAGUGUUUCUUCUGAUCUCAAGAAUCUUCUGUUAAAAUAUUGCUACAUAAGUACAACUCAGAGACUCACCCUGUAUAUUUUUUCAGUUGAACUUUCAUAUGCCAACCUUAAUGGACUAGAGUGUACUAAUCAUUGCUUAGGUAGUUUCCGAAUAACGAAGUAUUAUAUUUUCCACAUAAAAAAUUAUUUAUUAAAUGUUUUCUGAGAGAAUUCUUUGCAAAGGGUGUGGAAAAUGAAAUGAAGUAGGUACCUCCCACAGAUUUUUCUUAAGAGAGAAGUCUGUAUUAGACUAUCGACUAAUAAGCUCAUAUUCACAUUUUUCACUUCAAAAUAAUUCAGAGGCAUGAACUUUUACAUCCCCAUAAAGAAUUGGGUUUAAUUAGCUAUCAUGCACAAUCAUUUAUUUGCUCUUUCUAUAUUGAAACUGUUUAAUUAAUCUUCAUUUCCUCCUCUACCAAGUGAAAUUUGAUUGGAUUGAUUCCAAAAUGAACUAUUUGGUUUUAUAAUGUUUGCGUUUUUGAUUGAAAUAUAUUUUUGAGCUCGUAAUAAACUGCAACACAUAUUCGCCUCUUGUUGUAGGUACAUUUAUUGAAUUAUAAUAAGAAAUGAUGUGAUUUUAUCCAAAAUGUUAUGGGUAAUUAAAGGAAUUUUAUGACAA